AUGACCACUGCCUGUGUUCAUAAUCUCGACUGCCCCUUCUUCAGUCAGCAUCCGAACACAUCAAGAACCAUGACACAGCUACAUCGCAUUCUCGAGGCCAGUACCCUGUCGCCAGCCUUCGAAGUGCACCACUCUGUUUCUAGGAGCCCAUUUGCCAAUGCAGAACUUGUUGGCAACGGACCCAACAUGCGAAGGCACUUGGCUACUAAAUCCCUCGGAAACCCCAACAACGAACAAAACCCUACCAUCCUGCCAGUAUCGAAUUGCGCGGGCGCUAUCUAUACUACAAACAUCAAGAUUGGAGGUCAAUCGCUGCAGGUACUAGUUGACAGUGGCACCGCAGAUCUAUUUGUCGAGUCCUCUUUCUGCGACGAGACGUGCACAACUUCCAACAACAGUCGAUACAACGCCUCGAAAUCAUCUACUUUCCGACCAGCCAACUACUCGGGUGAAAAUAUUCAUGGAUACGAUACUCUUACUCUGGGAGAUAUCGAGAUCCCUAGCCAAGUUUUCGCCCAGUCUUCUACCGCAAUUUACCCAAAUAGGUCGUGCUAUAGAGUUGGAUAUCUGGGACUUGGCUUUAGUGAUUUCACCAUUCACAACUUCCCUUCCCUUCUCAGCAAUUUGAAAGAACAGCAACUUGCCGUGUUUUCUCUGUAUUUGGGUGAUCACAACGACUACGGAAGCUUCAUGAACAAAACAACCCAUAUAGAACAAAUAAUUCGUCAGAUGCCACCAGUUUCAGCCACAUCUGAGCUCACCUUUGGCGGGGUGAACCCAAAACGAUACAAAAAUUGCUUGCGAUGGCAUGAAGUCGGUCAGUUUCCAGAAAAGGGCGAAACCUUCAAGGGAUACUGGGACUUUGCCCUGGACCAAGUCAAGGUCGGAUCGACAGAAUUAUCCUCUUCCAGUCUAGCAAUGGUAGACUCCGGUAAGGACUUCUCCGCCGGCCCACAAGAAUCUGUAGGGCGCUUCGCAAAGUUGCUAGGUUUGACUUGUAGAAAUCGAACCGAGAGUGGGGAAUAUUCCAUCCCUGUUAAUUGCGAUGAUCCAUUUGGUUAUGCUGCUGCUUAUAUUGAGUGUUCUUACAGUUACUCCAUGCAGGCAUUGACAUUUGUCGCUGAUGGGAACGCAUAUCACUUUUCUCCUUCAGAGCUCUUCCAUGAAGAAGCCUCUCUCCUAGGAGGCCGUAUUUGUGUUCUCAACUUGGAAGGAGUUCCUGGACAUCCUGGGUGGGUUCUCGGCAUGGACUUUUUGCGCCAGUAUUACACUGUGUUUGACUACGGUCGUAAAAGACUUGGAUUUGCCGAGGCAACCGCUCAAAGUUCAACAGUGUGUGAGGCGGAUUCCAGCUACUUUACUCGAGUCAUGCCAGACCAAGCGAAACCAGCAGCAUCUGUUCCCUCCACAUCUCCAAACCACAGUCCAACUGCACACGAAGGUUGGCUACUAUCAGGGUUUCGUUCCUUGAUUCGGAUCUUGUUUGCUGGAUUUUUCAUUGUUGGGGUUUGCCUUGCUGGGGUGAUUAUCGGGCAUCGUCAAGCUCGAGCGCCAACACAAGGACAUUUCCCAGUGAGAACUACCGAUCCAGACGAGGAGGAAGUUGCAAAAAGGUGGGAAGUUGAACUUCCAGCUUUGACACAGUAG